AAAGAAAAGAACGAAAAACAAAAGCUUGGAGAGGGAGGGUACAGAACAACGGAGGGAACAUGGACACAGGGACGUUCCAUCUUUUCUAGAGAGAGAAACAGAGAAAUUAGAAACCCUAAAUCAAAUAUAUUCACCUGUCUUCCAGAUCUUCGUGUACCAGCACUAGCUAGUACACCAUCUUCUCAUUUUGGCCUAUACAUACACCGUUUCCUGUACGUAUAGGCUCGUGUUCCGCGCAUUGCCAGCUUCAAUCGGACCCGUCGCAACUUAUGCGAUCACUCACCUGGAAUUAAGCCCGGAAAAUUGAUCUGUGUGGACAUUUUGGCAACAGCUACUAUUUUCGGAUUCACUCACUAUUUCCGAUUGGAUCUGUUGCUGCGAAUUGAGCCGUUGAUUGGCCCUGUCUGAUGGAUGAUCUGGACGUUCUGGCCCGGGACUUCGGGCUCGGGGCCCGUGGGAAAUCUAAUCCGAUGAGGUCUGCACCCUCUGAUCGUCGAUCCAUUGACGAUCCAUUGUUCGGCGAUGUUUUCAGUGGGCAGCCAAAACAUGCAGCGAGCUCGAAUCCCAGUAGUAAGAAUAGUCACUCGUCAGUGAACGAUUUUGAUUAUGAAUCCAUUUUCAAGUCUUCAGCUGCUAGCGAGCUCAAGAAUGGUAAUAACAGCAGCAGUAAGUCGUCCUCGUUGCCUGUGUACGAUAAGCCUGUGUAUGAUGAGGAUAUUUUUGAUGGGUUGCCGGGUUUGAAAAGCAAAUCAGCUGCAACGGCUGUGAGAUUUGAGGAUGACAUGUUUUCCACGAUUUCGUUGCCACCAACGAGCAAGAGUAGGAACCAGAGCAGUGAUUUUGAUGAUUUGUUGGGGAACUUAGGGAGAAAUGAGAAAGGAGGGGAGAGUAACAUGAGCAGUAGUGCUAAGAGUAGCUCGAGUACAAAGGGAUUUGAUGAUUUGUUACCUGGGUUCGGCAGUGGCAGUCCUGCUGCUAGCAACAGACCAGUACCAGAGUCGAGGUGGGGCUCUGUACCCACUGCUGGUUCGAAGCACGGAAAUAUGCUGGAUGAUCCUUUUGUAGUUCUGGAAUCAGAUUCAACCCCACACUCGUCUUCUGGGGUAUUUACUGAUCCUCUGGAAGAGAUUGGUAAGCUUAGUAAGUCUAGAAGUGUGAGGGCUGAAGUUUCUUCUGGUACAGGUGGAGCAUUUGAUGACCUAGACCCCCUUGGCACUAGUGGAAAAUCUGCACAUGUAUUGUCCCCUGGGAGAGAUCGCAUAGGUAAGGGUGGGAGCCCUUCCAGAUCAGAAAUGCCACAAUCUUCUACUGGUCGGGAACAAAUGGGGACCUCGACUUUCAGAUAUUCAGAAAGCAGUACAGCAAAGAAAGAUCCUGUAGACAAUUUUCAGGAAUCUCCCUUAUUUGAUGUACCUAAUGUUUCAACAGAUUCACAGAAAUCAUUUGAUCAGACUGCUUCUCCUCAAUAUUAUGGAACAGGCCCACAGGUCGAUAUGUCACAAGCAUCAGAACAGGGACAUCAAAAUGACGAUGUAUGGCUAACUGUGUCUGAGAUUCCACUUUUUACACAGCCUACAGCUGCUCCACCCCCAUCACGACCUCCUCCACCUAUACCCCGUAAAUCUUCAAAGUCGGAGACAGGUUCCUAUUUUUCAAGUUCAAGAAAGAAGGGAGAUGAGUUCUCUUCACCCUCAUAUAAUUCUCAUCACUCUCAAAGUUCUAAGCCCGACUGGUCUGCAGACAAGAGCCCUCCAGCUUCACAGUUUGAUGAGCUUGAUGAUUUUGCCACGGGCAACAACAGUCAGGAAAGAGAAUACAAGGAAAUGCAGGAGAGAUUAGAACGUGAAAGGAAACAAGGUGAAGAAGAAAUUGAGAUGAAGAGGCUCGAGAGGGAGAGGUUAAGGGAGAUUGAAAGGGUGAAGGCCAGACAGGCUGUCGAAAGGGCUAAUAGGGAAGCACGUGAACGAGCUGCUGCUGAUGCUCGAUUGAAAGCUGAAAGGGCUGCUGUUGAAAAAGCAAACGCUGAAGCUCGGGAACGUGCCGGAAGAGUAGCUGUUCAGAGGGUACAAGCUGAAGCUCGUGAAAGAGCUGCUGCCGAAGCUAGAGAAAGAGCGGAAAAAGCUGCUGCCGAAGCAAGGGAGAAAGAGACUCGAGAUAGAGCUGCUGUGGCAAGGGCAGAAGCAGAAGCCAGGCGUCGAGCCGAACGAGCUGCCGUUGAGAGGGCAGCUGCUGAGGCCAGGGGGAGAGCCGCUGCAGAAGCUCGUGAAAGGGCGGCUGCAGCUGCAGCUUCAAAGAUGAAUGAACAAAAGAAUGAUAAUGAUCUGGAAUCCUUUUUCAGCAUGGGCCGAGCAAGCAGUGCACCGAGAGAUCGAACAAACUCAACUGUAAGUGUCAGUACGGUGACCGUGAUAUACGUGCAUAAAAUUGCACUUUUUAGUCCUGCAGUGGCUGACUUUUAUGGUCCGGAUCCGUUUUCUGAUCAGUUCCAGAACAAAGGUGGAUCCGAAGCUGCUAAGAGGACACCGCCAAGUAGUGGUGCCACAUCUAACAUGAAGAAAGCUUCUUCAUCUACCAAUUUUGAAGUUGAAGGGGAAACUGAAGAAAGAAGAAGGGCCAGACUGGAUCGCCAUCAGCGCACUCAAGAGAGAGCGGCAAAAGCAUUGGCUGAGAAAAAUCAGCGGGACCUUCAAGCUCAGAGAGAACAAGAAGAAAGACAUAGGAUUGCUGAGACGUUGGAUAUUGAAAUCAAGCGUUGGGCUGCUGGCAAAGAAGGAAAUUUGCGGGCUUUACUGUCGACUUUACAAUAUGUACUUUGGCCUGAAUGUGGGUGGCAACCUGUUUCUUUGACCGAUUUGAUCACUGGAGCCUCUGUCAAAAAAGUUUAUAGAAAAGCAACACUAUGCAUUCACCCCGACAAGGUGCAGCAAAAGGGUGCUACUCUUCAGCAGAAGUAUAUUGCAGAGAAGGUUUUUGACCUGCUAAAGGAAGCUUGGAAUAAAUUUAACUCAGAGGAGCUCUUCUAAAAGCUGCAUUGAACUCGGUACAUCUUUCUCUGUAUCGCUCUAUUGACAUAAUACUCGACUGGUUCAAUGUAUUAUGCGCAUCAAUGCACACCGGCAGAUUUUGUUCAAUUCUUUUGUGGUGUUGCAAUUUCUGGAUUAUGAAAGAGGCUCAUGUGCUGCCGAGAUGCUCCAGUGGUUUGUAAAUUUAUGCCUGACUGUGUAUUAUAUUGACAUCGAUCUUGAAUUCCAGUGAAUCAGAAGCUUACAUGAUUUGCUUGGUAUAUAAUAACAUUGUUUUAAAUACUAUCUUGUAUUAAAAAGUGUAAUCACCCCUGAUUAUACAUGAGGUGAAGGUCUUUGCCUUGUCCUAUUUUUUUGGUUAUUUCUUAUUCUAUAUUUAAUUUGCGUGACACCGAAUAUGUUCAGAACCAGAAAAUGUGAGAUUUUGACAUUGUAUUAUUUUUUUGAGUUGAGAAUUUAUUUCAAGAUAAUUA